UAGUUUUAGAAGGACGUAGCAUAGUUCGCGAUGGGUUUCGACUUUUAUGGAAUAUUAGGAGUGAAGCGAAACUGUAGCCAGCUGGAGGUGAAGCGCGCGUACCGUCGCCUCGCACUCAAAUACAACCCGGAGCGACAUGACAACGACGACAACAUUAAACGAAUCUUCGCCCUCAUCGCCGAAGCUUAUGAGAUCCUCGUAGACCACAAGCACCGUGCAGUGUACGACCAGUACGGCGAGGAGGGACUCAAGCGCGGCGUGCCCGGACCCACAGAGUUCUCACAGCCCUACAACUACCACGGAGACCCCAUGAGGACCUACAACGACUUCUUCGGCACCGCAAAUCCUUACGCAGACUUAUUAGAUUACUACGAAAACCUCCCACCGAUGUUCGAGUCCCCCCUCGGCAAAGGAUACAAAGAAAAAGAUACGACAAUAGUGCGACCACUCGCACUCACUUUAGAAGAGGUAUACAAAGGAGGUCUGAAGAAAAUGAAGAUCCAGAGACUGGUGUUUACAGACGAAACUUGUACAGAACUGAAACUGCGAGAGAAAGUUCUGUCCAUACCGAUCAAAGCUGGCAUCUACCCGAACACAGAGGUGAGGUUCAAGGAAGAGGGGGAUCAAGGUCCGACGCGGAUACCAGCCGACGUUAUAUUCAUUACGGAAGACCGGCCACACGACACCUUCAUCAGGUCGGGCCUCAGCGACCUGCUCUACAUGCAGAACAUCACGUUAGAAGAGGCGCUGUGCGGGUUCAUGGUACAUUUAACCACUCUAGAUGGCCGAACGUUGAGAAUCAAAAUAGAAGACGUCGUAACACCCACUUACGAGAAAGUGAUAGAAGACGAAGGCUUACCCCUUCCGUCUUGCCCGAAAAAAGCAAAGGGUAAUCUAAUUAUGAGGUUCCGGAUCGAUUUCCCGGAAUAUUUAUCGAAACGCAGUAAAAAGGCGUUCGAGGACGCGUUCAAAGUGAAGGAUGAGGAAGAAAAGAAGUUUGAAAAGUUACCGUGUGGCACAUUGGACGAGACAACUGAGUUUUGAACUUUUACAUUGGUUCGGUAAUUGUUUCAAAUCGCUGGAUACUAAAUAUAGCUUGUAAGCUUUGACAAUCGUUCUUAUCUUUUGGAAUUUUAAUUGUUGUUUUAUGAAAAUUGUUGAUAAUCAUCCCCUAA